AUGACUCACGAGCUGCUGACCUGGGUCAAGACUGCCCACCCCUACUGGAACCGGACCGGCGGCGCCGACCACAUCUGGCUGUUUGCGCACGACGAGGGCGCCUGCUGGGCCCCCAGUGAGGUUUACGAGAACUCCAUAAUCCUGACUCAUUGGGGGCGGCUGGACAAGCACCACGUCAGCGGCACUAGUUACUACCCGGACAAUUACACCCUGGAGGUGACCGACGACCCCUUCCAGCCCCAGGGGUUCACGCGACUCAUCGGAGGCCACCCCUGCUACACCCCGGGCAAGGACCUGGUCAUCCCGCUGUUCAGGGGGCCCGAGAGGUACAAAUCGUCACCCUACCUGGGCGCCCCCCAGCCGAAGCGCGACAUCCUCUUGUUCCACCGCGGCCGCAUGGGCACCAGCGACUUCCCAUCAUACAGCCGCGGCGUUAGGCAGGAGGUGGGGCCGCGGCCUGCCCCUGGAUGA